UGCUUAUGUGGCUCACCGAGCGAAACCGGAAGUGCUCGCGGGAUUCUCCUCUCGCGCCGCGCAGAUCUCUGCGCUGUCGACCCAGAAUGGCCGCUGCCGCAGCAGGAGUAAACAAGCAGGGCGCCGUGGCGACGAUGGAGCCCUGCAUCCGACACGGGAGGGGACCUCACGGCAGCACGGUGAAGGUGCUGGAGUGCGGUGUGUGUGAGGACGUCUUCUCUCUCCAGGGGGACAAGGUUCCUCGCCUCCUGCUCUGCGGUCACACCGUGUGCCACGACUGUCUCACCCGGCUGCCCCUCCACGGCCGGGCGGUGCGCUGCCCCUUCGACAGACAGGUCACCGAGCUGGGGGAUUCUGGAGUUUGGGGUCUGAAGAAGAACUUCGCUCUGCUUGAGCUCCUGGAGCGACUCCAGAACGGAGCGACCAACCAGUCGGGGAUGGCGGAGGGCUACCUGAAGGGCGUGGGAGAAUGUAUAAUCCGCUGCGACGAGGACGAGAGCCACACGGCCUCCAUGUACUGCACCGUGUGCGCCACCCACCUGUGCGCCGAGUGCUCCCAGCUCACCCACUCCACCCGCACGCUGGCCAAGCACCGCCGCGUGCCGCUGGCCGACAAGCCGCACGAGAAGACGCUGUGCCCGCAGCACCAGGUCCACGCCAUCGAGUUCGUCUGCCUGGAGGAGGCGUGCCAGUCGGGCCCCCUCAUGUGCUGCGUGUGCAAGGAGUACGGCAAGCACCAGGGUCACAAGCACGCCGUUCUGGAGACCGAGGCGAACCAGAUCCGCGCCUCCAUCCUGGACAUGGCCCACUGCAUCCGCACCUUCACGGACGAAGUGUCCGAGUACUCCAGGAAGCUGGUGGGCAUCGUGCAGCAGAUAGAAGGCGGAGAGCAGAUCGUGGAGGACGGCGUCGGCGUGGCGCACACGGAGCACGUCCCCGGCAAGGCGGAGAGCGCCCGGUCCUGCGUGCGAGCGUACUUCGCGGACCUCCACGAGACCCUGUGCCGGCAGGAGGAGAUGGCGCUGAGCGUGGUGGACGCUCACGUCCGGGAGCGCCUCAUCUGGCUGAGGCAGCAGCAGGAGGACAUGACCAUCCUGCUGUCGCAGGUCUCCACCGCCUGCAUGCACUGCGAGAAAACCCUGCAGCAGGACGACUGCAGGGUCGUGUUGGCCAAGCAGGAGAUCAACUGUCUGCUGGAGACUCUGCAGAAGCAGCAGCACCAGUUCACGGAGCUGGCGGAUCACAUCCAGCUGGACGCCGGCAUCCCCGUCACCUUCACCAAAGACAACCGGGUCCACAUCGGGCCGAAGAUGGAGAUCCGCGUGGUGACCCUCGGGCUGGACGGAGCGGGCAAAACCACCAUCCUCUUCAAGCUGAAGCAGGACGAGUUCAUGCAGCCGAUCCCGACCAUCGGUUUCAACGUGGAGACCGUCGAAUACAAGAAUUUGAAAUUCACCAUCUGGGACGUCGGUGGGAAACAUAAGCUCCGGCCCCUCUGGAAGCACUACUACCUGAACACGCAAGCGGUGGUGUUUGUGAUUGACAGCUGCCACCGGGACCGGCUGAUGGAGGCUCACAGCGAGCUCGCCAAACUGCUGACGGAGAAGGAGCUGAGAGACGCCUUGCUGCUCAUCUUUGCCAACAAACAGGACGUCCCCGGCGUGGUGUCGGUGGAGGAGAUGACGGAGCUGCUGAGCCUCCACAAGCUGUGCUGCGGGCGGAGCUGGCACAUCCAGGGCUGCGACGCCCGCAGCGGGGUGGGCCUCCACGAGGGGCUGGACUGGCUCUCCAGGCAGCUGGUGGCGGCCGGCGUGCUGGACGUCGCCUAACAGGAAAUAGAUCGGGAAGCGACUCCGCCGCCGCCGAGCUUCACCCGCUUCCCCUCAUUAGACACCGUCGACUCAAUGUGGGCGAAGACAACAAAGCUGUAAAUACUACCUGCAACUUCACCGAAUCCAAGAAUAAAAGUUAAUGACCUCCUGAGAAAUAAACCAUGUGUCGAGUCCUCAGCUUCUCCAGCCGCUCGGCGUGCUGUGAGCAUCACGUCUGAAGUUGUCUUUUCUUUUGUGAACCUAUUUAAAGCCACAGCAGAGCUUCUGUUACAGAACGGGACGUUUACUGACUGUAUUUCUGGCGGGGCGGAGGCGGGGCUUCCAGACCAGGCUGUGCAAAACAAGUUUUUUUUCUUUUUUUUAUUACACCGAUUCUGCCUGUUUGUGGGCGGAGCCUCCGGGCCGCUGCCCCUCUGGGUUUUCGUGUUUGGGGGAUUUAAUCCGCUGACGUCCGGUUGCUUUGAGACGUCGACGGACAUCAGUAAUUAUUUAACGUGAAACUUUAAGCAGAAACACUGACUCGGUCUUGUUAUUAAGGGACCCGUUAUUUGACAUUUAGUUCCUCUAUUUGCAUUGCUGUGUAAUGUUUACUAUGUUUAAAAAUACUAAUAAAAAUAAUGCACAUGUAAAAAGCAUUUCCACAUAGUUGGUGUAACUUUUGAUUUUUCAACGUAGAAGCACAAACGCGCAUCGAGACCUUUGUUACCCGCAGCUUUUUGUAAUUUAUUCGUAAAGUUGUUGCUGUAAAAUAAACCAACUGACCACA